AGAUAAACACGUUCUCUGUAUUUGUGCAUUUGAAUUAGAAGGAAAAUACUGCGUUCACUAUAAUCGUUAAGUGCAUAGCUGAAAAAGGUGAAUUUAUUAGACAAAUAACACUUGUAGCGAACGGUCUUACUCAGCAGUGAAAUAAAGCAGGAUGUUUUUCGAAACUACGUACGAUAGUGAAAACAACAUUUGGAAGAGCGAUCAAUUGGAGCGGACAUUCAAUGCAAACAAGUCGAUAGGCGAUCAUGCUUUGUAUAUGUUGCGUAGCAAGCCAGCUAAUUUGGUGUGCCAGAUUUCCGACUCUGAAGGCUCUGAACUCACCUAUGGCACAGCGUGUUCGUAUGCCACUAGUGUGGCAGCACAUCUUAGCAAUGCAGGGCUAGGCUGUGAUGAUGUCGUGGGUAUUGUCUCUUAUAAUACAACACUACUAAUGCCUGUACUGGUGGGUUGUUGGAUAAAUGGAACACCCUUUAAUGCGCUACAUCCCAUACACGAAGAAGACGUAAUCAGGCAGCUUUUUGCUCUGACCAGACCAAAGAUAAUUUUUUGCGAUGGUUUGUGCUUUCAGAAGGUACAUAAUGCCACAAAGACCUUUGACGUAUCAAUAUACACUCUGUGUAAUCACUUGGCGGGUGUGUCACAGGUGCAAAAAAUACUGCAACCAGUACCGUUUGAAGAGUUUUAUCAAGCGGUGCCACUCAAAUAUGGACCCACCCAGACAAUGGCUAUUACAUCCACAUCUGGUACGACAGGGAUACCGAAAGGGGCCUGCAUAUCAAACGCCAAACUUCUGGGCGAUCUCCGUUUCUGCAACGGUGCAUCAGUAAUAUUUUCCUUCGCCUCAGCCGAUUGGGGUACUGGCGUUCUUAUGAUGAUUGUGAAUAUAUUGUGCGGUGGUAUUCGUAUCAUAACAACAACACCCUACUCACCGGAAUACCUUUUGCAAAUCAUUAGAAAGCACAAAGUUACACUUCUCAUUGGUUCGCCCAUUCAACUGGGUUUACUCUCGCAGUUACCGCAAUACACCGAGGAAGCAAUGGCUGGAGUACGUGUAAUUUUAAUGACAGGUGGCCAUGCACUGCCUUCCGUACAAUCACGUUUACGCGCCAAGCUACCGAACUGUAUACUAAUGAACUCGUACGGCACCUCCGAAAUUGGUGGUAUAUCAGUGAACUAUCUAGAUCAUAAAACUGAGAGCGUUGGGAAACUGUUUGCAGGCGUGCAGAUAAAGAUUGUCGAUGCCGGAUCAGGUCACCGAAAGAGAUUAUUGGGACCCAAUGAGAGAGGUGAGAUUUGGGUUCGCGGUUGCGAGAACUGGCGUGGCUAUUAUGGCAACCCUGUUGCGACGGCGGACACCAUGGAUGCCGAAGGUUGGAUCAAUACCGGCGACGUGGGUUACAUGGACGAUGAAUGCUAUCUAUAUUUAGUCGAUCGCAGUAAGGAAGUAUUGAAAUAUAUGAGUUUCCACUAUUCCCCGCAUGAGAUCGAAGAGACUGUGUCACUUUUACCAGAUGUGCAGGAUGUGUGCGUAUUUGGCGUUUACGAUGAGCGAGCGAUGGAUUUGGCUGCUGCUGCUGUGGUGCUACGGCCGGGUAGUGUUCUCACCGAAGCGGAUAUUGUAAAGUUUGUGGCAGAGAAGCAAGAAGUGAAGCAUAAACAUAUCAAUUAUGGCGUAUUUUUUGUAGAUGCUAUAUCAAGAAAUUCUAAUGGCAAAGUAAUGCGUGCAAAAAUGAAAGAAAUAUGUUUGAAAAUGGAGCAAGAGAUAAGGAAAUGAAAGUAAAAUUGGACAGAGAAAAAACUGUGAUUCAAAUUUUAUUGGAAUUAUGGUUAAAAAAUGUAUAUACGCACGCGCUGAAACAAUUAGAAAUAAGUUCUUAUGAAUUUUGUGUUACAAUUUCAGCUCAGUUCAAAAUGUAUCUUCAUGAGUUCUAUAGUACAUGAGUUGGUGUUAAAUAUUUAUAUAUAUUUGGUUACGAAAAAGUAAAAAGCAUACGACAAGAUAUUGAGGAUCUUCAUCUAGGAUCCUUUUCUUCCGCGAUAUUUCUUUGAUGAUCGGUAACUACAUCAUACCGACAGGACUUGAUGAGCUGUUACAAUAACAAAAUAAACAUCAACACAAUCAAAACACAAACAACAAUCGAUUCAGCAAACUGCUAAAGCCGAAGUUGGCAAACUCUGACAAUAAUUACCGCAAUGACUCGAAUUUACCGCACUCCAGCAGGGAGAAAAUAACAAAAAUUUUAAAAAUUUCUGUUGAGUUACCUCGUAAUAGCGGAGGUAGCCACAAUUAAAGAAGCAGUGGAUUGGUUGCUUACUUCGGUAAUUACCGUUAAGGAAGUAAAUAUUUACUCCGAUAGCCAAGCGGCAAUUACGGCCUUUGGCUCAUUAUUUGUGCGUUCGAGAUUGGUCGGGGGAAUGUCUGGC